AUGGCCACUACCCCCUCAACAUCCCCCAACAGCUCAAACCCCAGCUCUCACAACGACAUCCCCGAAGACAACCUCAUCCUGAUAGACGAAGAAGAAAACGCACUAGAAGAAGGCCUAGCCGGAAACAUCGUCUCAUCUCCAAAGCAUCCCACCCGAAACCUAGAAUACAACGCUAUCAAAACGCACAAUGGCCAACUAUACUCCGGCAUGGCCAUCGGCGGCUCUCACACCUGGAAUUACGAUCAGGGCACAUGGAAGGAAACAAAAGAAGAGCCAGAUCUUUGGCGUAUAGACUACCAGACGAAUAAACGGCGUGCAAGAAAUGCACCGAAGGGAAGUGGAGCACCUGUUGGAACGGAAUAUCACUGGCUCAUCAUAGGACAUCAGCAUGUCCGAAAGGUCGACGCAAACACAUAUGAAACCCAUCUUACCGGCUCGAAGUAUAAACUGGCGCAUAAGUCGGUUUCGGCGGGGACGUGGUCGAUACCUACUGUGCAGGGACAACGAGAGCGAGAGCUGGAAUUAUUGGAUGAUGCGAAGCGGAGAGUGCGGGGCUUGCCGCCUGUAUUGGCGAGUGAGAGGGUUAAGGGGGAGGAGCGGCUUGAGCAAGGGCAGCAGCGAUUGGAUACGUUGUUUGGGAAGGUUCAGAGGGGUUCUGGUGGUGUGGGAGAGUGUGAUGGAUCGAGAAAAAGGAAGAAGGUGUGA